AUGGCAAAGACAAACAAUGCCUCCUCGCGAGGCUGUUGCACCAGAACUCUCACAAUCCUCGCUGUAUUCCUCGCCGCUUUUGCCUCUCUGUUCUACUACCUCGAACAACAUCUCGAGUCAUUCUACAUCUUUGACCCGGCCCAUUUGCAUGAUGUUUCGCAGCGCGCCAUUGCUGCGCAUGGAAAUGACACGCGCGCCGUCGUCAAGUACAUUGUCGGGGAAUUGGAUGAGAAACUCGAAGGAAAGCAUUUGAAUUUUGAGGAGGAGUGGGUGUUCAACAACGCUGGUGGCGCCAUGGGUGCCAUGUAUAUUAUUCAUGCCAGUAUCACUGAGUACUUGAUCAUUUUCGGAACCGCAAUCGGCACCGAAGGACACACCGGCCGCCACACAGCAGACGACUACUUCCACAUCCUCCAAGGCACCCAACUAGCCUACGUGCCCGGUGAGUACGAACCCGAAGUCUACCCCCAAGGAAGCGUGCACCACUUGCGCCGCGGCGACGUCAAACAAUACAAGAUGGACGAAUCGUGCUUUGCGCUUGAAUAUGCCCGUGGAUGGAUCCCUCCCAUGCUCGGAUUUGGAUACGCUGAUACAUUUACGUCUACACUCGACUUCCCUACGUUGUGGGCUACGACGAGAAUUACUGGUCGUGAGAUGAUUGGCAAUUUAUUGCAGGGAAAGAUAUAG